UGAGCUUUAACGGUCUCAUCAUCUAAUACUUCACCUUAUAACAACAGAUUAAUGGCUUAUUUGAUGACACUCAUUGAUUAUCGUAUCCCCGUUUCCAUUGAUCGUCCGCCAUGCAGCAGCAGCAACAACAGCAGCGGUGUUAGCAACUGCCGAGUCCUUGCUUCCACCGGAUGAGAAUGUCCAGCUACGUCUUGCAGGCUCCACUAGAUGUAUGUGUCUAAUCAACUCGACAACUCAUAUCCCUGCUAGCUCGAGACGGCAAAUCUGGGGAUCUCAGUUUGCGGGGUUAUGCGGGGAAGCUGUCAUGAUUCAUCACUAUAUAAUCCCUGUCAAGAGCAUACUUCAAAACAUGCCCCUGCACCAUCUUUAUCAAUCCCUCAGCAACAAAUCUACCAGCAACAAAUCUACCAGCAACAAAUCUACCAGCAACAAAUCUACCAGCAACAAAUCUACCAGCAACAAAUCUACCAGCAACAAUGGAGCUUGACAAAUCAUCCGGCGACGCCUCCCACAUCGAGGACGCCGAAUCCAACAGUAUCCACAACGGAGAAGCCAUCGACUACCUCACCCCCAAAGAGCAAAAACGACUUAUGAGACGCAUCGAUGCUCGCCUCGUCGUCCCCCUCGGCUGUCUGUAUUGCAUCAGCUUGCUGGAUAGAACCAACCUCGGGGCUGCCUCGGUUGCCGGGAUGCAGACCGAUCUGGACAUGAAUGCCAAGAAUAAUGGGUAUAGUAUUAGCUCGUUGGUGUUCUUUAUUACCUAUACGAUUUUCCAAGCGCCUGCUACGGUGAUUAUUCGGAAGAUGGGGCCGAGGCUGUUUCUUUCGGCUAUCGUGUUGCUGUGGGGGGUGGUCAUGAUUGGCUUUGGUAUGUCUCCAACUUGGCCGGUGCUGGCUGGGUUGCGAGUCAUCCUUGGGGCCCUGGAGGCAGGAUUCUACCCGGGAUGCGUUUAUCUUCUCAGCACUUGGUACACGCGGUAUGAACUGCAGAAGCGGAACGCUUUGUUCUAUUUGAUUGGGAGUACCGCGUCUGGGUUCGGCGGCAUCCUGGCCUAUGGCCUAAUGCAGAUGAAUGGGAUUGCGGGACGAUCCGGCUGGCGGUGGAUUUUCAUUAUUGAAGGAAUCUUGACGUGUGUCAUGGGGAUUGGGUCCUAUGCUAUUUUGGUGGACUUUCCCGAAAAGUCGCCCAAAUCAUGGCACUUUUUGAAUGAGUCCGAGGCAGCCUUUGUGGUGGCUACUAUUGAAAACGAUCGGUCGGAUGUUUAUACCGAGCCAUUCACCUUGAAGAGCUAUCUUCGCAGCGGGGGAGAUAGUAAGGUAUGGGCAUAUGCCGCCUUGUAUAUGCUAACCACCGCCAAUAGCUACUCGAUUGCCUAUUUUCUUCCUAUCAUUUUGGAAGAUAGUAUGGGAUUCUCAGUGGCAAAGGCCCAGUGUUUGGUGGCACCUCCGUAUGUUGCCGCAGCCGUGGUGAUGUACGUUGAGGCGAUUUACGCCGAUAAAUGGCACCUGCGAGGCCCAAUUGUUGCGGCAAAUGCCGCCAUGGGCCUGCUUGGGCUGGCUCUUUUGGGCUAUCUCAGUGAAUCAGGACCACGCUACUUUGGAGUUUUCCUGGCCACUAUUGCUGCCAACGCGAAUUGCCCGGCUUUGGUCUCAUGGCAAAGUAAUAACGUUCGUGGACAAUGGAAACGAGCCUUUACAUCCGCUACUCUGAUUGGCGGUGGUAGCAUUGGAGGAAUCAUCGGGACGACGGUCUUCAGAGCCCAGGAUGCCCCCAAUUACCGGCCAGGAUUGCUGACCACGAUGAUCGCUAACGCCCUGAUAAUAUUGAUUGUCGCAGCUCUCAGCUGGAAGUUUCAGAGGGCGAACAAGCGGGUUGAUCGCGGAGGAAAGCAUAUUGAGGGAUUGGCGGGUUUCAAAUAUACGCUCUAAACCGACCUCCUUUGGCAUGAUCUACUCAGCG